UAUUGAUUAAUCGCAUACGUGCAGAAAGGCGUGUUUACACUACGACAUGUACUUGAUAUGAACUUGAGGAAGGCGAGCUAUUUUUUCUAUACACUCGGAAGAGACGAGCUAGCAGCAUGUUCUCCAGACUGUCCGCCAAGUUACUACGUCCCACGGCUGUCCGAUCGUCCGUGAUCAGAAAGUUCGGCGGGGGAGAAAGUCCUUACGAAAAGGUAUUCACUCGGGAGAGCGUGCUUCACCCCGCACAUGCAGUCAAGGAUAUAGGGCUGGUGUUUGUAGUGAUGGUGACGGGAUUCGGAAUGACGGCUGCGGUGACAUACCCUAUAUAUUAUCUGUGUACAAGCCUGGACAUAACACUGAACAGAUCCAGACCGUACACAUGGCUGGAUGACGUCAGACCAGGCCAUAAAGACGUGUUAAUGGGUAGGAGAACGUUUGGGGACAUGCACGAAGACAUAAAGACUAUACGAAGCGUUCUCAGUAACCCUAACAAUGAACAAUUGAUGAGUCAAAAACAGCUCGCCGAGAAAGUGACGGAGUUAAACAACCCCAAGCCAGCAGCGUAAACAGACGAAUUUGAACUGUCGUGUUGUAAAUGUGUAACUGAUAAGGUGUGAGUUACAUCAGAGUGACACGUGAUGUACUAGUGUCACGUGGUGUACCAGUGUGUCACGUGAUGUACCAACAUUUAACGUGAUAUAUGUAUCUAUAGAAAGCUAGUGUUUGCAGUGCAGCGUAUUGGUAUCAAUUUACUGUCAUGUUAUCGUCACACUGCAGGGACCACAGAAAAUCACGCUGUACGUGAUGCUGUAUCAGUACAUACAAAUUAUUACUUUUCUUGGAGCUAUUUCCCCUUAAGCAGUGCUAGAAAGACAAGAAUGUUAUAUAGUCGUGCUCGUUUGAUCACAAAUAACCUCCAUGUUUAACAAAUCCAAGUUUCAGAAUUUGUACAAAUACUGAUUUCACUAAAUUACGUUAUGACUGGCAUCACUCGUUAACAUGAACUUCAAAUUAUAGCCAAAGAACACCAUAAUUAAACGGCAAUGCAAUAUGUUUUCAGCUGCUAUCACGAGCUACGUCAACUUCCUCUACUCACAGCAAAUAGCGGCAACAAUAUAAUGGUUGAUUCAAAUUUGUAGUAGGUCUUGAAAUUAUGUUAUAGUUAAAGUUUGUCUCAAUCUAAAAUAUGUGAGGUUUGUUGAAAUAACGACGUCUGUAUGACUGAGCAACUGUACACAGUUUUCAGAGUCAAUUACUGAACUCAAACUCAGUUAAUGCACUCAAAGUCAAUUACUGAACUCUAACUCAGUUAAUGCACUCAGAGUCAAUUACUGAACUCUAACUCAGUUAAUGCACUCAGACUCAAUUACUGAACUAAAACUCAGUUAAUGUACUCAGAGUCAAUAACUGUACGCAGAGUCAAAAAAUGCACUCAAACUCAAUCACUGUACUCAGAGUCAAAAACUGUACUCUGAGUCAAUAACUGAACUCAAACUCAAUCACUGUACCCAGACUCAAUAACUGAACUCAAACUCAAUCACUGUACUCAGAGUCAACAAUUGUACGCAGAGUCAAAUACUAUGCUCAGAGUCAAUCACUACUCAAAUUCAAUCAUUGUACUCCCAUCAAUCACUGUACUCAGAGUCAACAAUUGUACGCAGAGUCAAAAACUAUACUCAGAGUCAAUCACUAUUCAAAUUCAAUCAUUGUACUCCCAUCAAUCACUGUACUAAGAGUCAACAACUGUACUCAGAGUCAAAAACUAUACUCAGAGUCAAUCACUACUCAAAUUCAAUCAUUGUACUCAGAGUCAUUCCCUGUACUCAGAGUCAACAAUUGUACGCAGAGUCAAAAACUAUACUCAGAGUCAAUCACUACUCAAAUUCAAUCAUUGAACUCGCAGUAAUCUAUGUACUCAAAUUCAAUCACUGUACUCAGAGUCAUUCCCUGAACUCAAACUCAGUUACUGUAUUCAGAGCCAGCUGUUUUACUUUUAUAAAACCAGACUCAACUAUGUCAAACAAUCAAACUCAAUUAUAAAAUCAAAAUCUGUCGCAUUGUCGUAAACCAACUCAGCUUCCCUACUUACUCGGAAUUUAUGUCAUGUUUUGUUCUGUGUUAUGAUUAACGGAGUGAGUCCCUCCAGUUGAUACAGUUUCCUAUAUAAACAGAGGCACGUAUAAUUUGUGUAUAAUUCAUUUGAGUUACGUCACUUAAACACUACUACAGAUAUUGCAGCUAUUGUAAGUACAAUUACAAAUAUCACGACUAGUUGCACAGUUUUAUUAUCAAAAGGUCCCGAAAUAGAUCGCGACGGCGGGGAUUUUUAUGCUGCAGUGACUAAGCAAGUGAUUUCAAUUCAGAGAAACAAAUCCGAUUACAACACAGAACGCAGGUAUUCUCUACUUUAACAACCAAUGAAAUCAAACACACUUCCAAUAUUGUAUAUGUUAUGGUGACUCAUAUAUGGCAUUUCGCCUUCGGCGUUGUCGUCCGCGAAAAGACGACAAGCGACAAAGCGAAACACAUAAAGCAUGGAAACCUGAGGGAGUAAAGGCAAUAUUUAUCUGUACACGUUUUGACGUCAUUUCGAUUUAAACGGAUUUUCGCUUUUCGUUAUUUCGCACCGGUGGAGUUCUUCUUUCUUCUUUAGUUUGUUUCGUCAUUUCGUUUUGAUGCUUGGCAUAUUUUCGCCAAAAUGCAAAAAGACGAUAAGUUAUAAAUGAGUCACUAUAUUAUGUAGACAGGACGAAUGACAUUAUUUACAACACAAUGUCUGUAUUAGGAAAGAUCACGUGGUAUAUUAAGAUCCAAUUGAUACACGCCUAAAAAAUACACUGAUGUUAUUGUUGGUGUUUAUAGUGUAGGUAGUGUGAUAUUCUAUAUAUUGUUAUGAUGUUUGUAAAAGAGUAUAAUUUUCGUUAAAAUAAUCAAAAGCAAUAAAACCCAAAUA